UACGUUAUUUAAGAUGAAAGCAAGAAAACAAUUAUUAAAAAUCCAAGAAUCGUAAGUGAUGCGAUGUGUGAAAGAUGUAAUGGUCCUUCCCAUGUCAAUAUUUUUCACUGACAAUAUGUUUAUCAUUGAUGAUGUUUAUCUAUUAGAAAAAGUCAUUCACAAGCUCAGAAAAGAUGUUGACGACCGUCGAAAAGUUCAAAUGGCAACAGCUCUGUAGAAUUUUCUAUUACACAAGGUCUUUGGACGUCAAUUACUGCUAAUGCUGAAUCAUACAAAUUCUAAACAUCGACUGAUCAAAGAUGAGCAGUUUUUCGAGACGUAUUAUUAAAUCUUUAUUAGAUUGACAUUUGGACCAAUAAACUGAAGACAGUCAAUGAAGAAGAAACUAUAGAAAUUCAACUUUAAAAAAUGGAUAAAAAAGAAGCAAAACGUGUCUACUCAAUCAACAACACGAAAAAGAAAUUCAAAGGUAGAAAUCCCAACGUAAAGGAAACUGACAAGAAACAACGAUAUCAGACUUUAUAUUGUAUGAGUGAAGAAGAAUUUUUUAGAACUGCGAAAGAAAUGUUGAAGGCAAAAUUUGUUCCUGACAGGCAAUCUUAUGGCUUUGACAAAACUAAGGCAAUGGAUGCGACACGGACCCCUAAAAAGAACGCUCAUACAGCAAAAAUUUCGAGUUCUUCAAAUUUGUCAGUUGAUGGAAUUCUGCAUUUGUUUGCACUAUCAGGCUACGAUCAUGUCCAUUCGCUGGAGGAAGGCAUUUCUAUGACGUCCGCAACUAACGAGAACUCAAAUAAUUUAGAAGAUUCCGGUAAAGUCUUAACGACUAAAUUUGAACAGAAACAGCAGCAGCAAAUACAAUGGCAAGGAUAAAAAAGCGAGACCACGUUAAAGUUUAUGUUGAGAGAGAAUUGGUCACUGGAAAGGAGUUUCAACGUGGAUUGAACGUAAAUUAUUAACUAUCAAAGCGGAAUUACUACGAGUUAACGACGUCUACCGGACAAACCAAAUGUUAAUGGAUAUACCGGACGAAAUCUAAGCAUUUGAUAAGCAUACAGUUUGUACUGAAGCUGAAUUGAGUGAUAGCGUAACGCAAUAAACAAGAGCGCCGUGAAAACUAUGCAGAUUGGUUUCUUACAACAUCCGAUUUCCUUGACACAGUGUUUAGAGAUAAUAUGGCUGCGUUGUCAAAUAUGUGGUGAUAUGUUAUAAGUGUCAUAAACCAUUGAAAUGUAAGAUAUGACUCGUGAAAUCGACAUUCCUAUAGAACACACCUCAAAAUCGGAACGAUAGGAAAAUUUAUUUCCUAUGUAUAUUAUAUGAAAGAUAGAAGAAGACAAGUUAUCGGCCGCUUUAAAGCCUUCACCAACGUCAAGCCAGAAAUAUGUCAUCCUCAUAUUUUACUACGACAAGUGCCGUUGGAUUAAUAAAGCUAAUAUCGACAGCAGCCGCUAAAUGAAAUCUGCAUUGCUUAGCCGUAAGAAAACGUGCUGCUUUUGAAAGACUUACUUGUCUCUAUCUUUUUCAAAAGAAUUUCGAACUAUAACUAAAUGUAACUAUAGAUGUAUUACCAAACUAACAUUAAUUUACAAAUGUAUUUAUUUGUACUACUCUUUCACUUUUUAUAUCAUCAUUCGACUACGAAUAUGA